UAAUAUUGUUAAUGUGGAACGCGUACCCGUUCAUGUAGCUUUAAAUAAAUAUAUAUAUUUUUAAUUUUUAUUUCUGCUACUUACAAUUAAUACAUCGGUGUUAUUUGCGCUCGCCAAAUUCACAUUAUGGAAAUUACCUCCGACAGUAUUGUUGCCCUAAGGCAGUCGUUUGUGAACAAACUCGACGGACAAACCGAAUUAUUUCAUACACAAGACAUAUCGAGAGUCAAUGAUUCGGAUUCAUGGCUAAAACGCUUUUUGUUACACAACGAAAACAACCACGAUGAGGCCUUAACGAUGUUAUGGAAUGUAUGCGAAUGGAGGAAAUCGUUUGGUGUAAACGAACUGAGCGAUUCCAAUGGCACCGUACGAGUCGAUUAUCUAAAAGAAGGUAUUAUGUAUCCUCACGGUUUCGACAAAGAUGGAAAACUGAUGUUUAUCAUCAGAUGCAAAUUGCACUACAAAAAUUCCAAAGAUUUCGAAGAUUGUAAAAAAUGUGCUGUUUAUUGGUUUGAACGAAUGGAAAGAAUGACUAAUGGAGAUCAAAUAACAAUAUUUUUCGAUUUAAUGGGUUCUGGUCUGAGUAACCUCGACAUGGAAUUCACCAACUACCUAAUUAGUCUACUUAAAACAUACUAUCCAGCUUUUCUUAAUUAUAUUAUCAUUUUUGAAAUGCCCUGGGUUUUAAAUGCUGCAUUUAGAAUUAUCAAGACAUGGCUACCAGCGAAAGCUGUAAAGAAAAUGAAAUUUUUGAACAAAAAUAAUUUAAGUGAUUUUGUAGCAAAUGAAUCAAUUUUGACUAUUUGGGGUGGCAGUGAUGACUACGAAUUUGGCUUUGAACCAGAAAUGAAAAAAUUCGAAGAAACCAAGAAAAAGGUUCAUUUUGCAGAAACAAUGGAAGUUAAAAAUGGUUCAGGAGACAGUAGAAAUAUUGUUUGUAUGCCUAAAGAAUGUAAACUAAAAAUUCUCCCCGGUGAAUUACUUAAUUUCUCUAAAGAAAACAGCAGUCACGGCGUUAAUGAGUACAUAGCUAAUCUUACUUUUACAAAUGACCACAUUGAUUCGAUUGCAUUUAAGAUCAAAACUACUUGUCUACUCAAAUACAGAGUGCGUCCAAGUUAUGGCAGCCUUAAACCCCAAGAAAGUAUAAAUGUCACGUUUGUACUUAACACGGCAUCAUCAGUGAAUAACUUCGACAUCAUACGAGAUAAAUUUCUAGUACUAGUUAUACCCAAAAUUGGUGAUGAUCCGGAUAUUGCAAAAGUGUGGAAGAACUCUGGAGACAUCAUUGAACAACACAUGUUAAAAUGUAAGUUUGUUAGUGAAGUGAACGGCAUAACCAACGGCUCGGAUGAAAACAAUUGUUAUCAAAACUCUGAACUUGAUGAAAAAGUAGAAAAACUCAUAAACGUGGUAGCUAACUUGGAGUUAUCGAAUCGUGCACUUUGCCAAAAUGUACGUUACAUCAAGUGUUCGAUGUAUUUCAUGUUAUUGAUGUGCGUGUUUGCAUCUGGAUUUUUUUGGACCAUUUAUAAAAACUUAUCUAAUAAAUAAGUUCCUCGUUAUUCUUGUUACCCAAAUAAUUAUACUCUCUUUAGAUAUCUUAUAUCGUUAUAUCAUUGUGAUUUGUUUUUUUUUUUUUAGUAUCUUGGUUUUAUGUCACAUAUACAUAAAAAAAGACUGAUUAAUUUAUUAGGUCUGUUCUCUUGUAAACUAAUUUAAACUUUUGUUAUUCACUUAUAAUUUUAAUUAUAUCUACUUGUGUAAAUU